AAUGGGCCUAAAAUAAAUUAGUACCUUAAUAAUAGUGAGGCCCAUUAUCUUAAUUGAGUCGGAACUUUCACCGCCGUUUAGAGGUGGGACUUAGCUGGAGAAAGAAAGAAAGAAAAGAGAUGUACACUGGCGCCAUCUUUCAAGAGCAGCAGCCGAUGCUUCUCGUCAUCAUUGCUUAAGACUCAUAUAAACUAAUCCAUCAAAAAUAAUUUUUUUCUGAAUCAUUUAUAUAAAUUGAGAGAGAGGGAUUAAUCCGUAAUUUUGAAAUUCUUAGAUCGAUAGAGAUUAUUGUUUAACGACAGUUCUUAGAGAGAGAGAGGAAAAAGAGGUUUUACGGAGGAGAGAAGAGGUUUUCGAUUGAAAUUUUAGGGUUUAACGAAUGGGACGGAGCACGAAUAAGAAGAAGAAGAAACGAGGAGGAGGAGGAGGAAGAAGAGGUCAGCUAAAAGACCAUGGAUCUAACGAUGACGAAGACAACGAACUUCUCUCCGAAGAAAUCACUGCUCUGUCUGCGAUAUUUCAAGAAGACUGCAAAGUUAUCUCUUCUUCUUAUAGUUCAAGUUCGCCUCCUCAAAUAGUUAUUAAACUCAGGCCUUACUCGAAAGAUAUGGGGUACGAGGACACUGACAUCUCCGCCACGCUUUUAGUUAGAUGCUUACCAGGGUAUCCUUACAAGUCUCCGAAGCUGCAGAUUACUCCGGAACAAGGGUUGACAACAGCUGAUGCGGAGAAGCUUCUGUCUCUUCUUCAGGACCAGGCAAGUUCCAAUGCUCGUGAAGGUCGGGUUAUGAUAUUCAACUUGGUGGAGGCUGCUCAAGAGUUUUUAUCGGAAAUAAUUCCUGAUAGUCAUGAUGUGGAAUCUGUUCCAAGCUUGACUGCACAUCCAGGCGCUCAGUUCAUUGAGGAAGCUGUGCCUAAAGCAAAACCCUCUUCUACUGGACCUUUUGUAUAUGGUUUUAUCGACCUGUUUAGUGGAUUGGAAGAUUCAAGGAAUUGGAGUCUUAAUCUUGAUGAAAAUAGAGGAGUCGUUUCUGCAGUACAACCACCCCCAUUAGAAACUUCAAGAAUUUUGCAUGAGAAGCCAGAUAAGAGUCUGAAGCGAUCUGAAAACCAGGCUAAAGAAGAAGUUGCAUUGCCUUCUCCUAUUGCGAAACCAAAUACUCUUCAAGGGGAUGAUGUUGAUGAUACAAGCACUUCUUCUUUCAACUCAAGUAGCUCUACUGAAGAUGGAUUUUUCCAGAAUGUGAAGAAGAAAUCAUUAUUCAAAUCAAAUCUUCAAGAUGACACAACUGAAGGUGACAACGAUCAAUCCGAAAGUGAAUCGGAGUCAUGGUCUUCUGCUUCCUCAACUGAAGAUCAAGUGCCUCAAAUUAGCAAGCAAGACCUAUUAAUGGUCCAUCUACUACGCGUUGCAUGCUCUUCCAAAGGGCCUUUGGCUGAUGCAUUGCCUCAGAUAACCGAUGAACUGCAUCAGCUUGGUAUAUUGUCUGAAGGGGUGUUAGAUUUAGCUUCCAAGUCAUCUCCAGACUUCAAUAAAACUUUUGAAGAUGUAUUCAAUCAAAACAUGGCCGCAACCCAAGUUCCUGAGUUUUGGGAGCAGCCUUCUGAUCUUGGCAAGGCAAAUGCGUCACUUCCAAGCUCGCGGUACCUUAAUGAUUUUGAAGAGUUGAAACCCCUUGGCCAAGGUGGUUUCGGUCAUGUUGUGUUGUGUAAAAAUAAACUGGAUGGAAGACAAUAUGCAGUGAAGAAAAUUCGACUUAAGGACAAAGAGAUACCUGCGGACAACCGGAUAGUUCGAGAAGUCGCAACACUUUCCCGCUUACAGCAUCAACAUGUGGUACGUUACUAUCAGGCUUGGUUCGAAUCAGGGGUUGCUGAUCCUUAUGCUGGCGCAAAUUGGGGAUCAAAAACUGUUGGGAGUUCAAUGUUCAGCUACUCAGGUGCGGUGUCAACUGAAAUUCCUGAGCAGGACAAUAAGCUUGAGUCUACUUAUCUAUAUAUUCAGAUGGAGUAUUGUCCCAGGACUCUCCGGCAGGUUUUUGAAUCAUAUAAUCACUUCGACAAAGAUUUUGCAUGGCAUUUAAUCCGCCAAAUUGUGGAAGGCUUAGCUCAUAUCCAUGGACAAGGAAUAAUUCAUCGAGAUUUUACACCUAACAACAUUUUCUUUGACGCCCGGAAUGAUGUCAAAAUUGGGGAUUUUGGGCUUGCAAAGUUCUUGAAGCUCGAACAGUUGGAUCAAGAUGGGGGCUUCUCUACGGAUGUGGCUGGAAGCGGAGUUGAUAGUACUGGUCAAGCCGGUACUUACUUUUACACAGCACCUGAAAUUGAACAAAGUUGGCCUAAGAUUGAUGAAAAGGCUGACAUGUAUAGCUUAGGGGUUGUGUUUUUUGAACUUUGGCACCCUUUUGGAACCGCCAUGGAGAGGCACGUUACUUUAACUAAUUUAAAGCUGAAAGGAGAACUACCUCUCAAAUGGAUAAAUGAGUUUCCCGAACAGGCUUCUCUACUGCGACGUUUGCUUUCUCCAAGUCCAUCUAAUCGCCCCUCAGCUACAGAACUUCUUCGGCACGCAUUUCCUCCCAGAAUGGAAUCUGAGUUACUGGACAAUAUCCUAAGAAUAAUGCAAACUUCUGAAGAUUCAAGUGUUUAUGAUAGAGUAGUAAAUGUGAUAUUUGAUGAAGAAGUAUUGGAGACGAAGUGCCAUCAGUCUAGUGGAUCAAGAGUUUGUGCAGAUGAUAGUUAUGUUCAAUACACUGAGAUGGAUACCGAGCUUCGUGAUUAUGUUGUUGAAAUCACAAAGGAAGUCUUUAGGCAGCAUUGUGCGAAACAUCUAGAGGUCAUCCCAAUGCGUUUGCUUAGUGAUUGCCCCCAAUAUAGCAGGAAAACUGUAAAACUAUUGAGCAAUGGAGGUGAUAUGCUUGAACUAUGCUAUGAGCUACGACUGCCUUUUGUGCAUUGGAUUAGCGCAAAUCAGAAAUUCUCAUUCAAGCGUUAUGAGAUAUCUCAUGUCUACAGGAGAGCAAUUGGCCACUCUCCACCAAAUCCUUGUCUUCAGGCGGACUUUGACAUUGUUGGAGGUGCAACAUCUCUGACAGAGGCAGAAAUUCUCAAGGUGGUAGUGGAUAUCACGACCCACAUCUUUCAUCGUGGAUCUUGUGAUAUUCAUUUGAAUCAUGGAGAUUUGUUGGAUGCAAUUUGGUCAUGGGCAGGGAUUAAGGCAGAGCAUAGGCGAAAGGUUGCAGAGCUUCUUUCCAUGAUGGGAUCCUUACGUCCUCAGUCAUCUGAGAGGAAGCUAAAAUGGGUUUUCAUAAGGCGUCAACUUCUGCAGGAGUUGAAGUUACCUGAAGCAGUUGUCAAUAGGCUGCAGACUGUUGCAUCAAGGUUUUGUGGAGCUGCAGAUCAAGCACUUCCACGUUUAAGGGGGGCUCUUCGUGCUGAUAGACCUACACGCAAGGCACUUGAUGAGUUGUCAAACCUCUUAACCUACUUAAGAGUCUGGAGAAUAGAAGAGCAUGUUCAUAUUGAUCCUCUGAUGCCACCUACCGAAAGUUAUCACCGGAAUUUGUUCUUUCAGGUUUUCUUAACCAAAGAAAAUAGCACUGGGACAUCUCAUGAUGGUGUUUUACUUGCUGUUGGUGGUCGCUAUGAUUAUUUGGUUCAUCAAGUGUGUGAUCGUGAACAUAAAAUGAAUCCCCCUGGUGCUGUUGGCGUCAGUCUUGCGUUGGAGACGAUAUUUCAGCAUCUUCCUAUGGAUCUAAGGCCUGUUAGAAAUGAAGUCAACACCAGUGUACUUGUUUGUUCAAAAGGAGGUGGCGGUUUACUGGUCCAGCGCAUGGAACUAGUUGCUGAACUAUGGGAAAAAAGUAUAAAGGCUGAGUUUGUUCCAACACCUGACCCAAGUCUUACAGAGCAGUAUGAAUAUGCAAACGAACAUGAAAUUAAAUGUCUAGUGAUUAUCACAGAGCCUGGUGUGACUCAAAAUCAAAUAGAGUUUGUAAAGGUUAGGCACCUUGAGUUGAAGAAGGAGAAAGUGGUACAAAGAGAAGAACUUGUUAGAUUCCUGCUGGCUGCAAUGGCUGUUCAGUUUAGAAACCCCUCCGUUUGGAGCUAAAGAGAGUAAAGAAAGAUCUAACUUUUGUUUUCACUUUUGCUUGAUGAAAAAAUUAUUUACACUCAGAUCACAGUUUUUGAUGCAUUCACCAUCUUGUAUAUAUUGGUGUCGGUUAGUUGUUUUAUUCUCUUACAAAAUAUUUAAAGUAAGAAAAUGUUCAGACAGAGAUCCAAAUCUUUAACUUGCUGUAAUCAUCACGGCCAUAUACAAAAGAACUUCGGUGAUAUAAUUAGUAAGAAAAAACUUCAAAACAUUCCUUAAAGAGUCUCUCUCAUUGUUACAUUCAUGCAUACAUCAGAGUGAUUAAGUUAUAUAUGUCACGACGAGAGAAGACUUCUUUUCAUUUCUUUUCAGAAAUUAUGAUGCAGGAACAAGCUCUGUCCAGGAGAAGCUGGUCCUAUCUCCUCUUCAAGACUCCUCAACGCCUCUUGUUGCUUCCUUCCUUCAUCUUCCACAUCCACCACAUCUUCUUCAGACGCUGAAGAUUUCCUCCUCUGAGAUGAUGUCACGCUAGGGAAAGUUAUCCACGACCCGCCUCUAAACUCAGUGUUCUCUGAACCAAUCCUCCAUGACUUCUUGUGCAUUCUGCUGCUACCAAGAACUACUUCUGUUGGUAAUAUCGGCUGCUCACUGCUCGGGUUUCCCAUCAGCUGCGCGAGUGCUCUCUCCAAUGAUGUUGUCACUUUAUCCAUUGAUGGUCUGUCUUUGCCUCUCAUCCUCACGCAUUUGCAAGCCACACUGACUAUUCUUCUCAGAGCUUCUAUCUCAGUUGGUUGUUUCAAGACCGGAUCCAAGAUUGAUGUAAUAUCUCCAGCUUUGAUCAGAGGAACCGCCCAUUCUACUAUGUUCCCUUCUUCAUAGUGCAUGUCAAUAGCUUUUCUUCCACUUAGGAUCUCAAGAAGCAAGACUCCAAAGCUGUAGACAUCAGACUUGGUUGUGAGAUAGUGUAGUCUAUAGUACUCAGGAUCAAGGUAGCCAAGAGUGCCUGCUGGUAGCUCUGCUAAAGGAGCGCCACUAUCAACAGGACCGAGCAAGGAGAGACCAAAGUCAGCUACUCUAGCGUUGUGUUCUUCAUCUAUAAGUAUGUUUGAUGACUUAAUAUCACGGUGAAUGACAGGAGGACAAGCGUAGCCAUGCAAGUACUCGAUUCCUCUAGCUGCUUGGACAGCAAUGGUGACUCGUUUAACCCAAUCUAGCUGCUCUUUCAAUGCCUUGUUCUUACCAUGAAGAUGGUUAUAGAGAGAUCCAUGUGCCAUAAACUCGUAAACAAGAAGCCUCUCUCCUCCUUCUUCGCAGUAACCAAGAAGGCUAAGGAGAUGAGCAUGGUUGAGUCUUGACAACAGAUCAAGCUCCGUGCGAAACUCAUUUGAGUUCUUCUGUUUAUCAGAUGACAUUAUCGCUUUCUUCACAGCAACAGUGGUUCCAUCUCUCAGCACUCCUUUGUAGACACAUGAGAAGCUCCCUUUCCCUACUAUUGACUCUUCUUUGAACCCUUCAGCUGCUUUCUCCAGCUCCUCGUAAGUGAACACUCUAGCCCUUCUCCGCUUUUGCAGCUUAUCAAGAUCUGGACGGUUAUUAUCUUUAGUGAAUGCUGAAUCUUUAGAAGACCUUGCGUCACUCUCUGAGCACCUACAAUGCCUCAACCUAUACCGAACGUAUAAAACAGCUGAUGUGGAGACAACUGCUACCAAAAGCAGCGCAAAGCCAAUCUCUGCAGUUGCAAUAGGUAACUGCAUUGACCAAAACUUCCCUCUUGAUUUGCCCUCACUAGUCAAUGGAGUGGAAGAAGAACAGUUUGAGGAACAGUCAGGAGAGACGCAGCUUGAGCAAUUGUAAACACAAAUCUGAUCAGAUCUCUCUGUGCAUUCACUCUUCUGAUACAUCUCAGGAGGGCAACUGGUACCACACGGCAAGCAAACAUGAGAGCCAGGAGAUUUGCAAGGGCCACCGAGUACAUGACUUCCUGGAGGGCAAGGAGCUUCUCUGCAGAGACCUGGUGAGACAGCUAAAGGGAUAGAAGCAGGGAAACCAAGACCCCAACAAACCGGCGGCAUUGAGUUCCCUGUUGGAACUCCACAAGUGAAGUAGUUCCCUGCUGCAAGAUCAUAAAAUCCCAUACCUUUAGGAGGAGUUGUACUCCUAUUCACAAAGAAACCCCAACACACCGCACUAUGAUCAUACCGUUUGAUUCCACAAGCAUAAAACUUCCCACCAACCACUGUUAAGAGUGGCUCUUUUGGUGGUAAGUCAAGAAUCUUGUCUGCUGCAGUUGAGUUCCCUGAGAUCUCUUCUUCAAACUCUAAGCUCUUUCCCCAACAGAGCACUUUGGAGUUUAAUCCGUCUAGAAUGCCACAGACAUGGUAUCCACCAGCUGCAAUCUUCUGAAACUUUGUUUCCUUUGGGAUUAAACUGAUUACUUGGCUGCUAUUCUCAUCUCCCCAACAGAAAACAGACUUGUCCUUAGAUGACAGCCCACAGUUGAACUCAGAGCCAGCAGAGAGUGAAUGAAUCUGCUUAUCAAAGACAAAGUUUCUGGUCAUAUUGUAUCCCCAACAAUCAACAAGGGAAGAAGAACCAAUGUUGCUACUCUUUUGUCUUGGCUUCCUCAAACCACAGAGAUGGUAAUCUCCAGCACUAAGUUCUAAGUACUCAGCUCCUUUGAUCAUUGGCUGAGGAACUCCCAUUUGAAUAAACCCACUGUUUCCCCAACAAUAAGGCUGAUGAGACUGCAUCAGAAGCCCACACAUAAACCCAUCUCCACCAGUUAAACCAAUGAACUGGAAAUGAGCAGGAGUUCCAUAGAGGAUCGCUGCGUUGGAUCCAUAGCAACCCACAAGAUGAGACCCAUCAGAUUUCAGACCACAGAACACAGAACCACCUUCUCCAUAUGAGAUUGCAAUUGAAGACAUUGAGCCAAGAGAUGAAACAAGCUGCCAUAGAUUAGUGAGAAACACAAGCUUUGCAAGGAGAUCCCAUUCCCUUGCUCUCCUUUCAAACAUUCUCAUCCUACACUCAGAAAAAAGUCAACUCAUACGCUUCUUAGUUACUCUCUUCACUUUCUGAGACAUUCCGUAGAUUGAGUAUACAGCAGAACCUCCACAUAGCUGAGAGACCUUUCUUUACUUCAAUCAAAGAAGCAUGCAACACCCUAAGAGAAUUGAGAUUUCAAGCAAUGAGAGGUGAACUAGUGUCAGAGAAGCAACCGAGACAUGACAAGACAAGUCUCCAAAGAUUCAGGAAAACAAACUUGAAGUGGGAAAUUCGGACAAAAAUGUCAACCUCUUGUCUCUCUAUUCCUCUGCAACAAAAAAACAAAAACACUUACCCUAUUCAGAUCAAAGAGCGCAAGGUAAUAACAUCAUAGCAUCCUUAAAGAAGAGCAUUUAAACUCCUAAAUUUCCACGAUUAGAAAGAAGC